AUGAACGUCUUGGCGGUGCUGUUGUUCUACCUAUAUAGUUUGGCCCAAUCUGGGGAAGCUGCUGGCAAUAGUGUUUUGAAGCCAUCUCAUGUAUUAUCGCUAAGUAUUCCGUUUACCAACCAUUUACGGGCGAAGCGAUACGUACUUCGUCGGAAACGCUGGACAAAACGAGCGCUACGCUGGAAACUCAGCAAAAAGCACAUUACGGAAGGCGACGAAUUUGUUGUCAGAAAUACACUCCACCGUGCCUUCAACAACUGGGCUGCAGUCUCUUCGGCCAAGUUUGAAGAAGUUUCCCAACAUGAGGAGGCUGAUAUUGAGAUUGGAUUCGAAAAAGGACGACAUGCCGAUUCUUUUCCAUUUGAUGGAACAGAUGGAAUCGUCGCGCAUGCAUUUUACCCUCGAGACGGCCGGCUGCACUUUGAUGCCGAUGAAAAAUGGACUUUGAAUAGUGACGAUGGCGUUAAUUUGUAUCAGACAGCCGUCCACGAGAUUGGUCACUUGUUGGGUUUGGAGCACUCGACGGACCCGAGAGCUGCAAUGUUUGCUGCCAAGAGGCCCUAUGACCCGGAUUUUGGACUUGCUGAUGAUGAUGUCAGGGCUAUAAGAACCCUGUUUCCGGUUAAUACAAAUAAUAAUGUUGCGGCGAAACAUUCGAGGAUUGUAGUCCCGCCACGACCAAUAUCAACGUAUGAAAUUAACUCGGAACUGGAACACAUGCGAUUUAUCCCAACCACUACCCCUUCAAGGAUAAAUUAUGAAUAUGAAUUCCAAACUACCACCAGAAAACCGGAAUGGCCUAUUAAAACCAGAAAACAAGAACUUCCAUUCAACUUUGACCCAAUUUUAUGGCCAGGGUAUUUUGAGGCCAAACGC